AUGACAUCACAAAACGUGCAAUCAGAGCCAAUUCAGUAUGUGGAAAAGUGCAACUCAGCUAACGCAACGAAUCAAAAAUCAAAAGUGCAAAUCGUGUGGAUAAAUGUCAUUCUAAUUUCCCUACUUCAUAUAGCUGCCUUGCGUGGCCUUUAUUUGUUGCUGACUUCUGAGACCAUGUGGAUUACACGAUUUUUUGUUUUAGUUUUUGGGAUGCCUUCUGCCGCGUUGGGCGUAACGGCCGGCGCGCACCGGCUCUGGUCUCACAAAUCAUAUAAAGCCAAGCUGCCAUUGAAGAUAUUAUUGCUCAUAAUGAACACAUCUGCAAUGCAGAAUUCUGUAAUCGUUUGGGCUCGAGAUCACAGAAUGCAUCACACGUACAGCGAGACUGAUGCUGAUCCCCACAACUCAAGAAGGGGUUUCUUUUUCUCUCAUAUGGGAUGGCUGUUAGUGAGGAAACAUCCUGAACUCAAGGCUAAAGGACAGACUAUAGACAUGAGCGAUCUGUGGGCGGAUCCUUUGUUACGUUUUCAAUACAAGUACUACAUGUUCCUGAGUUUCAUACUGGGCGUAGCUGUACCAACAUACAUACCCACAUUAUGGGGCGAGAAACUCGAGGUUGCGUUUUUUGUCAGCGCAAUAUUGAAAUACGUCUACACUUUGCACGGCACAUGGCUGGUAAACUCCGCAGCCCACAUGUGGGGUAUGAAACCUUAUGACAAGCAUAUAAACCCCGUAGAGAACCUAACGGUCAGCUUCAUCACAUCAGGAGAAGGUUUCCACAACUAUCACCAUACAUUCCCUUGGGACUACAAAACAGCGGAAUUGGGAAAUUAUUCACUAAAUUGGACGAAAUUAUUCAUUGAUAUAAUGGCUGUAAUAGGCUUGGCCUACGAUCUUAAAACUGCUUCACCGGAAAUAAUAGAGAAGAGGAUCAAGCGAACUGGCGAUGGGUCUCACAAAAUACAUGGCCAUGAAGAAAUACCAUACGAAUAAAGUGAAAUAUUAUUUGAAUAACUAUAUAGUAAGUACGAUUAGGUAGUUAAAUCUCAUUUCCUUAUUUAUAUGAAUAUUUAUAUUAAAUUCCGUAGAGUGAUCUAAUUAAAAUCUUAUUACGAUCUAAUGACGUCAACCGUGCUGCUUGAGCUGUAUCGUGGUUUUUCAUUUUCUUUUGAGUUUAGUGUGAAGGAGAGCUUGUAUUACUACUUUAUUUACACUACCUAUUUAUGAGGUAUUGAGGCUUUUGUAUUUAUGAGGUGGUAGGAAGUUAUAUCUGGAUCUACUGAACUGAUUGAAAAAAAUGCCAAUAGAAAACCACGUUAUUUUUUAGUGUAAUCUAUAUUCAAUGGUGUAGCUACCCAGGGGCUGGGCGGUGCAACGCCCCGGGGUUCUCAAGGGUGCCCUUUAAAUUGAUACCUUACCAGAUAAUCACGAUCAUAUUGAACUUAUAAAAUUUCGAAAACAAAAAAGAGCUAGUAGAACUAGUUUUGAUAGUAGUGGGGCCCAUUAUUUUAUUUGCACCAGGGCCCUUGGUUACCUAGCUACGCCACUGACUAUAUUAUUAAUCCCCGUAUUCAAAUUGGUACGGGAACUAAACGGGUGAAACCGCGAUUCGUCUGUUAGUUACCUACACGUACAUUUUUGUUUAAGAGGGUAUAAUCCAUAUUCCUCGCCUCCUGAGAGGCUUCAGAAGUCAGAAGGAUGUGGGUUCAAAUCAGAAGGUCCAUGAUAUAACAAAACAUGGAAACAUGAUAUAACAAAAACUUUUAUAGAAAGUAUUUUAUUUAAAUAAAUGUAAAACUGACUGUUGUUAUGUUUGUUAUAAUGUUUUAUCGAAUUUCCACCAAGCAGAAAAUCAGUAAGAUUGUUUAAAAUAUGAUCCUACUAAUAUUAGAAAUGCGAAAGUUUGUAAGGAUGUAUAUUUGUUUGGAUGUUUGUUACUCUUAAACGCCGCUACUCCUGAAGCGAUUUUGUUGAAAUUUGGAAUAGAAAUAGAUUUUACUUUGGAUUAAACAUACGCUCCGUGGCCUUGACGGCCUCCGUGGCGCAGUGGUAUGCGCGGUGGAUAUAUAAGACGGAGGUCCUGGGUUCGAUCCCCGGCUGGGCAGAUUGAGAUUUUCUUAAUUUGUCCAGGUCUGGCUGGUGGGAGGCUUCGGCCGUGGCUAGUUACCACCCUACCGGCAAAGACGUACCGCCAAGCGAUUUAGCGUUCCGGUACGAUGCCGUGUAGAAACCGAAAAGGGUGUGGAUUUUCAUCCUCCUCCUAACAAGUUAGCCCGCUUCCAUCUUAGACUGCAUCAUCACUUACCAUCAGGUGAGAUUGUAGUCAAGGGCUAACUUGUAAAGAAUAAAAAAAAAAAAAACAAACGCUACUUUUCAUCACGGAAAAAUCCAUGGUUCACGCAGGAUUUGUGAAAAAAAAAAUUAUUGUCUGUAAAGUCGGUUUACUUUCGAUAGUUGAACGUGACAACGUCAUAAAAAAAUACUGAUGCAAUGGCUGCAUUUUUCAAAAGAAAAUGAUCGUUUUUCUAAAAUGCUGUUUAAUAAUCUUCAUAGACCAGAAUAUACUUUAUUUCUUGUAAAAAUAGUUGGCAACCACGAAUUUGAAUUGAAUUCUAAGUUGAAUUCCACGCGGACGAAGUCGCGGGCGCUCUUUCCCCCGUAUUAAGGUUAAAGGUCAAAAAAAUUAGAUUUUCGCGAUUCUCAGUACGUUUUACUACGAAAAAAUAAGUUUUAUCAUAAAAAAUACCUCAGCCAUACAUUGUAAAUCAUAAAUUAUCAACAAAAAUUUUUCUUAUCAAUAUACCUUUUUAUCCUACGAACCACCGUUUUUGAGAUAAAACGAUUCAAAAAGUUGUAAUGGUCUUAAUAUGCAUGAGUAUUGAGUACUUAUUCCUCGUAUGUUAUCAUAUUUUAAACAUUUUUACUGAUUUACAGCUUAGUGGGAUUUUACGUAACUUUAAUCUUAUUUUUUGGUCAAAACUAUAAAUGUACGUAAAAAAAGAUACCUCCAUUUUAUUCAGCAAAAAAUGCAUAUACGUCUAUUUAUAAACCUACCGGACGCCCGUGACUUCAUCCGUGGAACUCGAUGUAAACUUUCAACUACCUCUACCCUAUCCCUACCCCUAUCCUACCCUACCGUACCCCUACCCCUUUUUAAAUUUUUUUCUGUCAUAAGAACCUUCUCCUCACAAUAACAAACACAUACAAAGGAAUAGUGAAAUCGGUCCAGCCGUUCACGCGUGAUGGCGUGACCAAGAUAUAUAUGGAUUCAUUUUUAUACAUACCUACUCGUAUAGAUAUAUUUAUACUUGUAUAGUUUCAGUAACCCGUUUGGGUUAACCAUUGAGUAUAAAAAUAAUGUUACUAUGUAAUGUUAUGUUAAUUUAAUACUUUACUAAUUAUUGUUGUUUUUAGUGAAAAGGUAGUUAUCAGAUAUAACGCAGUCAAUUGUUGUUUGAACGCGUAUAGUUAAUAAAAAGUUAAUUUGAAUA